AUGGAAUCCUCUGGUGCAGACAAGGGCUUCUUCCAGCACCCUCCAGCCUUACCGAACCAGUUUCACGAUGAUGUAACCUUCCAGCGUUGCUUUAAACUCUUUCUGCCGGCCGAUUUGAGAGAUGAGAUUGAGCCAGAAGUAGCAAGACUCGGCCAGGAAGUCUUGACCGACAGGAUAUUCGCCUGGAUCUCAGAUGCAGAGCGCAACAAGCCUUACUUGCGGGGCUCCGGCCGAUCUGCAUUUGGCAAAUGGAAGGGAGAGCUCGUAAUGACUGAAGGAUGGCGCAAGUUGCAGGAAUUUGGUUUUGCAAAGGGUUUUGUUGCCGACGCCUACGACACUCCUUAUGGCCGAUUCUCGCGCAAUCGACAGUUCCUCCGUCUGCUCCUCUGGGAAGGCUCAUCGGCAAACGUUACAUGUCCCACGGCAAUGCAGGAUGGCGCUGCUCGGAUGCUCCAGUUGCAUCUGACUACUCCAAGCCUAUCGUCUAAGCUGUCGGAGACAGAGAAGAGAGUUUACGAAAAUGCAUUCCAGCAUCUGAUCUCGCGAGAUCCCAAGCGCACCUGGACCAGUGGACAAUGGAUGACUGAGCGACGUGGGGGAAGCGACGUGUCUUUGUCUGAGACGACGGCGGUUUAUCGUCCGAAUGAGACGAAUGCGCUGGCUUCUAAGGACGAUGAUAUCCCUCUAGGCCCAUGGAGCAUCAACGGCUUCAAGUGGUUCUCGUCUGCUACGGAUUCCAACAUGACGAUUCUCCUUGCGCGCACUCCAGCUGGCAAACUCUCGACUUUCAUCGCGCCGCUUCGGAAGCAUGACCCCUCUGCUCUGAACGAAUCCGGAAACCCUGAUCCAAACGGCCAGUGCCUUAAUGGAGUGCGUAUUCAGCGCCUCAAGAACAAGCUCGGAACUCAGUCUCUGCCCACAGCAGAGCUCGUGCUUGAAGACAUGCGCGGAUGGCUCAUUGGAGACGAAAACCGUGGCAUCCAAGAAAUUUCUGUGCUGCUAAACUUGACUCGCAUCCACACAACCAGCCAAGCUGUCGGAUACGCAGGCCGCGGUUUAGCAGUUGCUCGAGCGUUUGCACGAGUAAGAGAAGUUGGCGCUGGAAGAGGCGCGAGGAUGAGACUUACCGACAGUUCGCUGCACAUGAAGACGCUGGCCCGGAUGACUGCAGAAUACAGGCGAUUAAUGCUGCUUCACAUGUUUACCGUCUAUGUACUGGGGCUCUCUGAGCAUCCGACGGAAAAGGAUGCGGAUAAGGAAUCAGCAUCAUCAUCAGCGCUACAAGCAUUAACUCCCACACCAAAGGAUGUAGCGCCGCUAUUAAGAGUCCUUACUCCAGUGACCAAAGCAUUCGUCUGCAAGUCGGCUCUGACUCUGCUCUUCUCGUGUAUGGAGUCCAUUGGCGGCGUUGGCUAUCUCUUGAAUGAAGAAUCAGAGUAUCUCAACAUUGCGCGACUGUACAGAGACUGUGGCGUGCUGCCAAUCUGGGAGGGCACGACGGAUGUUCUGAGCACCGACUUUAUCAGAGCACUGAAACGUCUCGAAACUGGGGUGCAGUCAGUCGAAGCGCUGGACAAUUUCAUCAAGCAGGCGUUUGCAUUCUGUGGAGAUGCCGCAAGUUAUCGAAACGUAGUACAGAGAUGGGACAAGGUGAGAACUCGUAUUACUAAGGAGUCUCAAGCCGAUCUCGUCGGUAAAGCGAGAGAUCUUAUGUGGUCUGUGGCGGAAGUCUUGAUGGCGGCUUUGCUGCAUGUUGAUGCAAACAAUAGUGGCGGUGCAGCCGAGCGAGAGAUACUCCAGCGUUACCUGGAAGACGAAUUCUCGGCACCAGAGCGGGUUGGUGUGACGACGAGAGAGGAACUGGAGAGGGAUUUCUCGAUUGUCUAUGGAGAAGAGCAUGUGAAGACGGCUUCUAAUCUGUGA